AAUUAAGCAUUGCAUUUUAAUUGCACAGGGCCGUACAUCUGCACGUACUAAAUCAAUUUCGAGUAUGUCGGUUGCGAAAUUCGAGAGGUAAAAAAACCAAGAAUCGCCGGUUCUAUUAUUAAUCUAUUUAUUGUGGUUUUUCCUCCCCUCUUUCGAAGGCUAUUCACUCGCUAAAUAAACUGCCUUUUAGUGUACGGGAUUCCAAUUCGCGCGGCCCUCCAGCUGGAAUUACAAUGGAUGACUUGGACAGAGAGCAACUUUCUAUGCUCAAAACUACCUUUGAUGCCUUCGAUGUGGACCGUAAAGGCUACAUAGAAGCCGAGAUGAUUGGAACUAUCAUGGAAAUGUUAGGGACCAGAGUUAUGGCUGAAGAGGAACUAGAUAGAAUCAUAGAUGAAAUCGACGAGGAUGGAAAUGGAGAGGUGAGUUUCGAGGAGUUCGCCAAUUUAGCGGCGAGAUUUUUGGUUGAAGAGGACGAAGACACCGAAGCCAUACAGUUGGAGUUGAAGGGGGCGUUUCGAAUGUACGAUAAAGAAGGGAACGGUUUCAUAAGCAUCGAGGUAUUGAGGGAAAUCCUUAGAGAAUUGGACGAGAAACUUACCGAAGAUGAUUUAGACAAUAUGAUCGAUGAAAUCGACACCGAUGGAUCGGGUACAGUCGAUUGGGAUGAAUUCAAAGCAGUUAUGAUUGGUUAAGCAGCGGAAGUAUACAUAUUUCAAUUAGCAUUUACCUACUUAUCUUAGAUACCUUUAUACCUGCAUUGCCUACAUAAUAUGUAAGUAAAAUAUUAAAUAAAUUAAUUUUA